AGAGCCGCGCAUUCUCGGCGCUGACCUUCCACUUAGUCCGCAGGCUGCCCCCGGCAAGUCACCUUCGCUUGCGGCGGGCAAGGCAUGCCCCUGAUCUCCUUGGCGGCCCUUUCCGCCUGGACGCUUAGCGGGGAGGCUGACCAUGAACCCUCAAUGCGCCCGCUGUGGCAAAGUCGUCUACCCGACCGAGAAAGUCAACUGCCUGGAUAAGUAUUGGCACAAGGGAUGUUUUCAUUGUGAGGUCUGCAAAAUGGCUCUAAAUAUGAACAACUAUAAAGGAUAUGAAAAGAAGCCUUACUGCAAUGCACACUACCCAAAGCAGUCCUUUACUACAGUGGCAGAUACACCUGAAAAUAUUCGACUAAAACAGCAAAGUGAAUUACAAAGUCAGGUCAAGUACAAGCGAGAUUUUGAAGAAAGCAAAGGAAGAGGUUUCAGCAUUGUUACUGACACACCCGAAUUGCAAAGACUGAAAAGAACUCAGGAGCAAAUCAGUAAUGUCAAAUAUCAUGAAGAUUUUGAGAAGACAAAAGGCAGAGGAUUCACUUCAGUAGUGGAUGACCCUGUAACUGAACGGGUGAGAAGGAAUACCCAAGUGGUUAGUGAUGCUGCAUACAAAGGUGUUCACCCACACAUAGUUGAAAUGGACAGGAGACCUGGAAUAAUUGUAGCCCCUGUGCUUCCUGGGGCCUAUCAACAAAAUCAACCCCAAGGAUAUGGUUACAUGCACCAGACUAGUGUGUCAUCUAUGAGAUCAAUGCAUUCACAGCCACAUUCAGCUAGCUUGAGAACUUAUAGAGCUAUGUAUGAUUAUAGUGCCCAAGAUGAAGAUGAAGUUUCCUUCAGAGAUGGUGACUACAUCAUCAAUGUACAACCGAUCGAUGAUGGUUGGAUGUAUGAAUACUGGAGUGGAUUGCUGUUUCUUCUGGGCCACAUUGAGACUAACCUUGUCUAUGAUCUGUUGAUCAUGAGUGACCCUUAUGGGAGUCCGCCCUGCUAUAGGAUAGCUCAUAGCAUUACUGGACUGUGCAAAUCCCAUUACAAGGUUGCUUCCUACUGCAGGCUUUGUUCUUAUUGGAUAGUUGGCCGAGGGAAGAGAAAAUAUUUAAUAUCUACCCAUCUACAAAGAAUCGAACAUAAAAGAAAGAAGCAAGUUGGAGCAGAGUGCAUCAUGAUUAAUAUUGCAUCAAUAGAGUGACUGUGAUAACUCAGCUUUCAUUAACAAAAAUGACUUAAUUCUCAGGUUUUCUGCUCUGCCUUCCUACGUCUCUUUAAAAUUCAGGCUGAAAUCUGCUUCAAACUUUCUUUCUGUCUGUUUCCCAUUUUUUUCUGAUAAUAUUCCAAUAGUUGUUUUGUCAUUAAAAAAAAAAUCUAGUCCUCCCCCCCAUGUUGCUAUAAAAGCAAAAAAGAAGAAUUCUUCUCCCUGAUGCUCUACUGGAGGUUAUAUUUAAUUGUGCAUCUUACAGACCAGCCACCUGUUUAGACGGUAUUGCCAAUCCAAAGGAUUGGGUUCCUAGGUUUUUCUGAAAAGCAGUGCUUUUUCUUUUUUAAUGUCAAGAGUUGGUAUUCCUGUUUCAAUAGGUUUUCCUAAACCAUUGAAUACUUUUUCAAUUAAGUUUCUGGUCUCCCUUUACUUAAAAUAAAAGUAUCAUGAAAGAUUACAUCAUUUAGAUACAACCAAGGUGAUCAAAUUCUGAAAUAAUUUUAAAAGGAAAAUAAAAAGAAGCAAAACUUUCUGUUUCUGAGUCUCAAAAUACCCAUUUCUUCUUUGAAGUGAAACAUGACUUUUAGAAUGGUCAAAUUUGCAUUUUUCUUGUUAAAUAUUUGGAGCUAAUUUUUCAUUCUGCCUGCACAAUUACUGGAUACUCAAAGGAACUUUAUAUGCGUUUUUCUUACCCAGCAUAUAGAAAAUACAAAAUAUUGUAUCUAUCAUGCAAUCACAUUGAAACUGAAAAUAUGUUAUUUUGAAGCAAUCAUUAAGUUAUCUACUGUACCACUGGAAAUAUGUGUACUUAAACAUUGCAAAAUAUGAAUUGAUUAAAACACCAGAAAUAAUUUUAUUGAUUGUAUUUGAUUAGCAUGAUAUGAAGCUCAAUCUACUAUUUUUGAAGUUUAUAAAGAGCAAAAAACAAAUUACUGUUGUAGUAUAAUGUACUGUUCCUUCAAAUGUAAAUUCUUUGUUAUUUUUCACAAUUGUAUGUUAUUUGGUUAUAAGAAAUUAUAAAAAACCAUUGAUGCUUAAUGGAAUGAGGACUUUCAAUGUAUCAGAUGAUAUAUUUAUAGAUUUGGCUUUUGUUAUGCAAAAGGAUAACAUCAAUAAUUAAAAUAUAUUUUACUUGAAAUGCUUUAAAUUCUAUUUUCCCCAACUCACUGUGAAUAAAGCAACAUUUUGUUACCUGAA